AUGGUCCAGGCUGCAUUGCUCCUUGGCUGUGUCUUACUGUCCCCAGUGACCGCCUUUCCGAGGAAUACCCAGAAUGGCGCCCUGCCCCCUCAGCCGGCUGUCACAGAGACUGAGCGUACAUCUAAUGUGCUCUCCAGGCAGAUCCCUUCUCCAGCCCCUGGCACCUGCCAGGACCUCUUGUACACAACGCCCUCCUUAGCCCCCUUAUCUGAGUACUGGUCCCUCUUAGCAGCCAGACUGGCCCUGGAGGACAUCGGUUGCCCUAAGGAGGCCUACUAUCUGCACACUGAAACCCUGAUCCUAAGUCAGAAGCGCAGCAAGGAGGAAGGAAUUAGCAAUAAUGAAGCCAUUCUGAGGGACCUGGGGCGGGGAGGCUUCCCUGGGGAACUGAAGAGGGUCCAGCGCUCAGUUACCCUGCCUGAGGCAUGCACCUUUGAACAUGGAUGGGUGAUCUACGAAACUGCAUCGCUGCUCAAUGAACUUUCCAAGAAGCUCCCUUCCAUCGAUGGGGAAAAAGAGUUCAAGGCUUCUGCGGUCAGUGUCACCCAGAAGUGCACCAUGGAGUCCUGGGAGCAUUUGACUGCAGAUAGGAUGAUAAAAAGAGCAGAAGCUGAGAAUGCCACAAUCGCCAUAGAAGAUCAGGCAUGCUUCGUAGCUCCGCUUGCCAUCCUUCUGAAACGCGUUUUCAUGGGUCUUCUACUCAACAAUUUUUUGGGCUUAUUUUGGAUAGACGAGGCCUCACAGGCACCACGUGGACUUUCUCACAGCCCGGUGGUAGGUCUGUACACAGAGACCUGGCAUAGCAUGGAGCUGGAUGCUGGCGGAUUUCAUGGUUGA